GCGUCAUCGACCAAUCGCGUUGCGCGACUCAGAACCGUACGACGCGAUCGUGGCGCCCCGUGUCUCGAGAUGUUUUUAGAGAUCUUCAUCGUUUACUUUCCGAUCUCACGAUUAUUGUCUCGUGUGUGUGAGUAUGCGAGUAUGUUUAUUGAUCACUCGCAGAUCGAGUUUCAUUCACGAGCGUAAACGGUAUGUUUACAUUCCUGGUUACAUUCCAAUCGAUGAGUAAUGGCGGGGAAGCACUACCGGAAGACAAGAAAGGAAAGCGCGAGAAGAGCGAGCUUCACGCAUGGAAGAUUACGCGCGAUGAAGAUAGGUUAGGUUGACGGAAAAAUUGCUGGCCAAUGGAAUGGUGUGGAAAUGAUCAUGCACAAUUGUCAGCCAAUAAAAGCCGCAAAAAGGCCCGCUUUAUUUUACUAGAUUUCUUUUGAUUAUACGCAUCUCUUUCCGCAAACGAUUGAAUUUUGUUUUGUUAACAAACACACAAAUUCUCGCUAGUUCGUAUAGUCUAUCGUCGCGUGAGUAAAAUUAUCGUAAGAGGUUCGCGAAAAAAAUUGCUCAAAAAAUGCCGGAGGAACCAAAUGUAAAAGUUUCAAAACAAUACGAUGUCUGGUGUAUCUGCAAUAAGAUACGAAACUCUUUAUUUCGCGUUGGUUGUAAUCUGUGGGAAUAUUACAAAUCUCUGGAUCCGGAUAGGCGCUCUUCAGUAUCAGAAUCCGAAUUCAUAUCUGUUUUGGCCGGACCUCUGAACGAAAUACUUGACUUAUCUGACAAAGAAAUCUGCGAUCUAGCGGUUUAUUUUAAGACCGAGGACGAUCGAGUGAAUUAUGAACGAUUUUGCGAAGUUGUUUACGAUAGCGUCUUUGAUUUUGAGAAAGACAAGUUUCUGGUGAACGAUUCAAAAUGCGAAGAUCUGCAGUAUAUAAAUGCCUUGAGUGGCACAGAACUACAAAUAUUGAAUCUGAUACUCACUCAGAUUACUGUACUGGUGAUCAAAAGCCAAAUUGCGCUUCAGCCUUAUUUUCAGAACUACGAGAUGAUUGCAAAAUCCAAUGGCACGAUCACUCUAGCUCAUUUCGGUCGAAUUUUAAAAUUUCUGGGAAUUAUUCUUGGCCCUGAAGAGUUUCGUCUAGUCGUGAAAAGAUUCGCUCAAAACGCCUACGCUAUAGAUUACGUGUCAUUUUUAAAAGCUAUUGAAGAGAUUCAAUGUUAUUUAGAAAAACAUGGAAUGGCACAUCUCAGUAAAGACUUGCUCUAUCAAUUUCCUGGUCGGAUAAUCACAGCCGAGAUACCAAAACUGCCGCGACCAGAAAUUGGGAAAGUUAUACCCAGUCAAGUGUUUGGUAAGCAAUCGGUGUUUCAUCCGGUGAUGGAACCAGCAAAAGAGGCUAUGUCCACGAAGGAAGUUAUUCAACGCAUUCAGAGACACGUUUUCGAGCAUCGAAUACGUAUUCACGAGUUCUUAAAGGACUUUGACUGCUUAAAUUCCGGUCGGAUAAACGUUUCACAAUUUCGAAGAGCGCUGGACGCGCUUCAGAUAUCGUCAUUGGGCCGUUUGUUUUUGCGUGAGUCGGAGAUCACUGAUCUAAUUGAACUUUACAAAGAUCCGGGUGAUCCUGAUCGCGUAUGCUGGCGCACGUUCGAGGACGAUAUAGAUAAAGUUUUCACCGUAAAGGGACUCGAUAAGUUACCGAAUAUGAAGGUGGAGUCACCGCCCCAAGAAAUAAUCGAUUUGCCUCGAAAAGGCGCAUCAAAUUGGCACUGUGAACCUAAGAGUACAAGAGAACUUUGCGAGGACGUUUUGCAAAGAGUAAGACAGCGAGUCGAAGAAAGAAGAAUUUAUCUGAAGCCGUUCUUCAAGAACUACGACAAAUACAAUUGUGGUCACGUGACGAGAUCUCAAUUAAGACAGAUUCUUCUUAUGCUGACGAUAUUGUUGUCGCCGGAAGAAAUACUUGCGAUAGAGCAAAGAUAUAACGACUAUUUGGGUUUUAACUAUUUUCAAUUCUUGCAAGAACUAGAAGCCCGUCCGAUCGAGGAACCUCUUUAUUGUCAGAUGUUAGAAGACAAGAUAAGAAUCAACGCUGAAAAGUCGCCGUCCGAACCUCACGAGGACGAAACCAACAUUGUAUUGAUUCUGGCUAAAAUUAAAGCUAAAGUUGUGCGCGAGAGAAUUAAAGUUCUUGAAUUUAUGCGUCAAUAUGACAGGCAUAAUCAUCUUGUCAUUUUGAGAUCAGAUUUUAUCAGAAGUCUGGAUCAACUUCGUUGUAAUUUGACAAAUACGGAAGUAGAUACAAUUACGAAAGUUUAUCAAGCGCCUUUGAAACCGGACUUCAUCGAGUAUGUAAAGUUCGCGACAGCUGUGGAAGAAGCUGUUACGAUAGGAGGUUUGGAAAAAACUCCUCUUUUAACACCUAUACAACACGUGCCUUCCGAAGAAAGAGUUUUUCUAAACUUCAAUGAACGACUUGCUGUAGCAGCUGCAAUGGAUAAAUUAUGCAAAAUACCGAAUCCAAACUUGGAGGAAAUUUUUCAAGAUUAUGAUAAAGAGAAUAUUGGUACGGUUUCCAAGGAACAAUGGAUGAAAGCAUUGUCGGUUAGACGAAUGUUGGAGCUUAUCAGUAACAAAGAGUUAGAUGCUAUACAAAAAUGUUUUUCCAUCGAAAGAGGCAACCGUUUCGAAAUCAAUUAUCGAGCCUUCCUGCGCACUUUGUACAUACUACAAGAAAACAAAAAGAUUAUGAUAUGUUAAAAUAUAUGAAGAUAUAAAAAACGAACCUCUGGGGAAUAUAACUCGUCUUUAGUGUUCAUAAUCCGUAAAUAUAUAUUGUACGA